AUGCGGUCAACUACAUCUUCAGGUAGUAAGGGAAAGUUACUAGUGGCUGUAGAUAGUAGGCGUCUGAGCUCCUUGGAAUCGGGUGCAUCCAAGUCGUCACCAAGAAAUGAAGAAGGCCAAACUCUCGCCAACAAGGCAAGUCAAAAUCAAUUACUUAAUGAGAGUGAACCGUCGGCAGGACUUUCUCAACAAACGCCAGCUGUUUCAUUCACCCCCAUUACCAUCAUACCUUCGAAUAAGGAUUUAUCGCAUAUUAGAAAACGAAGGAACACAGAUGUGAUGGCUAAUUUACCUCCUAUUGUGCAUGAUGCGACUGGCAGCCAAGAAUAUUUAAAUGCAGAAAACAAUGAAAGAAUUCCCUCUGAAACUGAAGAGGAUGAAGAUUGUUACAUAUUUGCCGACUCAUUUUACUUUGGCUCCUAUGAAGAGCUGGUUCAAACGCCUUCAAAAAGCCGAAGUUUCGACGAGAGACACAAAAAUGCAAAAAUCAUACAUGCCUUUUCUUUGAAACAAGGACUUGAAGUUCCAGACUCAGACUCUGAUGACACAGAUAGUCAAAGUUCAGGUAUCUCAAAAACCAUGUCAUUCUCUUCCUCAAAUGUGAGCGAUUGUUACAAUUCAAGUCAUUUGGGUGCUUUCGCAACCGAGGAUGAAAUGAGACGUUUUGAAAUGGAUGAAUAUAUUAAUCUUCGAACAGUAAUAGCCAAUGAAGAAUUGGAGCAACUUAAAUUGUAUGAAUUUCCUCCUUGGUCUAAAAGAUUUUCAAGCGAUCAUGAUGAGGCCAAGGAUGACCAGUCGUAA